AUGAACUCAAUAAGAAAGCAGCUUACCACCGCCUUGGCCCUAGGCCUCGUGCCGCUAGUCCUUGCCCACGACGCUCACGAGGACGGCGCCGCUGGAAUGAACAUGGACAUGGAUAUGUCCCACGGCGCAGAAGGGCCCAAGCCCGAUGCCGACAGCUACCCACCCACGUACUUUGCGCUCGCCGACCAUGCGGGAAUGAUGUAUGCGCACAUUGGCGCCAUGGUGCUCGCCUGGGUCUUUGUGCUGCCAGUCGAUGCCGAGAUUGCUGCGCCGACUUACACGCGACUCGCAGCUGUCAUGCUCUCAAUCGCACGCUCGCGAUAUACGCUCGCCCUCCAGUUUGUUUUUCUCGCUGUGAAUGCGCUCGGCGUGCUCCUAGGAACCAUUUACAACGCCAGCACUCCCGACCUCUACCCAAACAAUGCGCACCACAAGCUGGGCUGGUUGGUGACCUGGAUUGUGUCGGUCCAGGUCUUGAUCGGCCUGCUGGGAAGAGUUGCCAGCGCACUGAAGGAAGAGAAGCGCGAGGCGUACGACAAGAACGAGUACCAGUCCUUCAUUCCCGUAUCGACCGCCGCCAUGGCCGAACACCACCGCAUCAACGGACCUCGGUUCGCCAGCGAGUGCCGCUUCUCCAACGACAGCGGCCAGGGCACCGAGCCUGGUACCGAAUCGCUUCGGAGCCACUCCCGCUCUUCGUCGUCCAACGAAGUGUCCCCGCGCAUCUCGGACGAUCAUCAAAAGGAGUACGUCGAGGACGACGACGAUCUCGAGGACGGUCUCUCCAUGCCUAUGACCAUGCCGAGCAGCGGCAACGAAAAGAAGGCGACUUCCAUCCUUGCCAAGGUCGCGGGCAAGAUUUCGUCACGUGUGUGGAAGGGUCUAUUGUUUGUCUACAACUUUGUCGAUAGGAUCAUUCUGCCCAUGGGCUCCGUUGCACUGUGUCUUGGCAUUGUGACGUACGGACGGUUCUUUGAGGGCAACGGCAUAUUUAGCGGCCUGGCGCAUUGGGUCAAGGGCGGCAUCUUCUUCUGGCUUGGCUUGUUGACUUUGGGCCGAUGGACAGGCAGCUUCGGCGAGAUAGGAUGGGCGUGGAACGUUCGGCCGAAGCGCACCGACGGCAAGUGGCGGCCCUCGGCCGAGUUCGUCGAGAGCGCUCUCAUCUUCGUCUACGGCUCAACCAACAUCUUUCUCGAGCACCUCGGAAACUGGGGAGGAGAAUACAGCGCGCAGGAUCUGGAGCACAUCUCCAUCACCGUGCUCUUUAUUGGCGGUGGAUUGGUCGGCAUGCUCAUUGAGUCGAGCCGUAUUCGGGAUCUCCUAAACACAUCCGUCAUCGACGCCGCUGCGAUGACGCCCGAGCGACCCUCUGACGACGAGGAACGAGAGACGCUCCAGCCGCCGAAGCAGUACGAAUUCUCCAUUAACCCCAUCCCGGCGCUGGUCAUUCUCCUUUUGGGAAUCAUGAUGAGCUCGCACACGCAGCACUCGAUGAUCUCGAGCAUGGUUCACAAGCAAUGGGGCAACCUCUUGACCGGCGCUUCGUUCGCGCGCGGCUUCACCUAUGUCAUUAUGUACCUGAAGCCGCCCAAGUCGGUCCUGCCCUCCCGACCUCCCACCGAGCUCCUCGCCGCUUUCGCGCUGAUCUCUGGAGGUAUCAUCUUCAUGGCCAGUGCCAGCGACACCAUCGAGGGCAUGGAGCACUACAGCCUGGAUGCCAUGUUCAUGUACACAGUGACCAUGGGCCUAGUGGGACUCCUGAUGGCCUGGGAGAUUACUGUUCUAGCAAUCAAGGGCUGGGCGGUGCGCAAGGAGGCCGGACGGCUGUCGUACCAGCGUAGCUGA